AUGGGAGAAGAAGCCGCCCUUCCUGUUGAUGAUAUGAAUAAGUCAUCGCCUUUGCAAAACAACAGCAAAGCAUGGUCAUCGCCUUUGCAAAACAACAGCAAAGCAUGGCACACUUACAUAUCAGAGGAUCUGCCUCGCACUGUCCAACAGUCUACUGAUUCCGCCAUUCGCUCUGCCCGCAACAUUCAAAAUACUUCCUCCAGUCACCUUCGCACUCUUCAGGAUUUUAUGCCAAAGAUACAAGCCGAGUAUAAAACUUAUGAAGAGGUUUUCUUCAGGAAAAUUAAAGAUGAGUUGGUAACUGCGAGAGAGCACCCUGCUAUGGCUGGGGGAAUUGGUAUUGCUGCUGGCCUCCUCCUCAUGCGAGGACCUAGAAGAUUUCUGUUUCGUCAAACACUGGGCCGUUUCCAGAGUGAGGAGGCCAAGUUUAGUAAAGCUGAUAAUAAUGUGAAAGAGUUGGGCCUGUCUGUUGACUUAAUGAAGAAAGAGAGUAAAAAACUACUUGAAAGAGCGGCUCUCGCUGAAAAGGAUAUGAAAUGCGGCCAUUCUGAUCUCAUGGAUGCUGGAAAUAAGAUCCAAAGUGUUGCAAAAUCGGUCUACAAGGCUGAAGCUCAAGCUGCUGAUUUGAUGGAUGUGCUGCGGGAAAUUCCGGGUAGAGAGGCUUUAAAGCUAAGAGCAGAUGUUGCUUCAAUGGCGUCACAUCUACGUCAGCAAAGGACUACAAUUGACAAAAGGAUUGGCAAGAUUUCUGAAUUAGGUCUUCCUAUAUGAGAAGAAAUGAUUUAAGACCAUUGCACUGGUUUUGGUUGCCUAAUAACUUAGGAUGAGUAUUGAAGAGAGCCACCGGCAUAUGGAUGAACAAAGACACUCCAUUCUCCUACAUUGUUUAAGCCUUCGAAUGCAAUUUGUUUGUAGGGAACUGCUGCGAGAGAGAUGGUGCAGUAAGAUUAAAUGCCACAAAUUGUAAGUUUGUGGAUUUUUUUCAUCUGUUCGAGUUAACCCUGUGCAGAAACUAUGAUACACAAUAAAUGAAAAUGAGACGUCUUCCCUCUUA